UUAACAACAUAAUAUUAGGGGGAACAGAAAUGGAAGAACCUAACGGAAGUCAUGAUGGAGUCGUGAGUAGUAAAUCAUCAGGUCUGGGAGAUAGGCUUACUGUUCUAAGCAUCGACGGGGGAGGCAUUAGAGGCAUUAUUCCAGGCACCAUCCUGAGCUUCCUCGAAUCCAAAUUACAAGAAUUGGAUGGAGAAAACGCAAGACUUGCAGACUAUUUUGAUGUAAUAGCUGGAACUAGCACGGGAAGUUUGAUAGCAGCAAUGCUAGCUGCUCCCAAUGCCGAAAACCGUCCUCUUUUCCAAGCAAAAGACGUCGUCCCAUUCUAUCUGGCGCAUGGCCCCCGUAUAUUUCAGCAAUCCAAAUGGCCUUUGCGGAUACCAAAAGUUUUGAGAGCUUUGAAGGGGCCAAAGUACGAUGGUAAGUACAAAAGGAAGAUGAUACGAAAUUUGCUAGCAAAUACAAGGCUCCAUCAAACAUUAACCCGAGUUGUAAUUCCCACAUUUGACAUCAGUUUACUUCAACCAAUUGUUUUUUCAACCUCUGAGGCAGCUGUAGAUGCAUCUAUGAAUCCUUUGUUAUCUGAUGUAUGUAUUAGUAGUGCCUCGGCGCCAACUUACUUUCCAGCUAAUUAUUUCAAAACACAAGAUCCUCAGGGAAACCACAAAGAAUUCCAUCUUAUUGAUGGAGGAAUUGCAGCAAAUAACCCUGCACUUUUAGCGAUGAAACCCACAGGGAUGGCAUUCAAUGAUAGCCCUGAGGAUCGCACUCCAGCAGACCCGUUACAGUAUGGGAAAUACUUGGUGCUUUCACUGGGAACUGGAACAUCGAAAACAGAGAAGAAAUACAAUGCUAAAAUGGCAGCAAAGUGGGGAGUUCUCGGCUGGCUUUACAGCCAUGGGAAUUCUCCUCUGGUCGAUGCAUUUACUUAUGCUAGCGGAGAUAUGGUUGACCUUCACAUGUCCCUAAUCUUCAGAUCUAUCAAACGAGAAGAUAACUAUCUUCGCAUCCAGGAUGACUCAUUGAAAGGGAAGGCCGCAUCGACUGAUAAGGCAACAAGCAAGAAUAUGGAGGAACUUGUAGAAAUCGGUCAAAGCUUGUUGACCAACCCUCUAUCAAGGAUGAACCUAGAAAACGGUAAACAAGAAGCAGUGCAAAAUGGAGGCACUAAUCAGGAAGCUCUAAUAAGAUUCGCGAAUUUGCUAUCUCAGGAGAAGAGGUUGCGUCAACAAAGAUCCAAAAAUCUAAAAGACCUCUCAUGAAUUAUAACUCCUACUAUUCAGCUAUGCAUGCAUAAUGCAUCUAUAUAUAUUGUAUCUAACUAUCGAUAUAUAUGAUUCAGUAGUCUGUGAAUGCAAACUGGGAGCCUGAUUUAUGUAAUCAUCAAGUUACACAUAUAUAUGUUUUAAUACUCAAUCUGAAGAGAAGUGAUCAUUUCGUUCGUG